AUGUUCUCGUCCUCGUCCAGAAACUCUCUGUUCUCGCCCUGGAUGUCCAUGGAGCAGUCUGACUCUGAAGCGCUGGACAUCAGCACCAAGGUGCAGCUGCACGGGGUGCUGUGGAAGAGGCCCUUCGGACGGCCGUCGGCCAAGUGGUCCCGCAGAUUCUUCAUCAUCAAAGACAGCUUCUUGCUCUACUAUGCGGAGAGCGAGAGGAGGAACUUUGAGACCAACAGGUUCUUCAACAUCCACCCCAAGGGGGUCAUCCCUCUGGGAGGAUGUGUGGUGUCAACCAAUGAAAACAUGGGCAUGCCCUUCGCCAUCGUGGUCAACCUGGAAGACUUCACUGGCACCAUCGUGUUGGCCGCUGAGUCCGGGGAGGAGCAGGUCCAGUGGAUGGAGAUGCUGCAGGAGUCGGGGAAAGUCACGUGGAAGAACGCCCAGCUGGGGGAGGCCAUGAUCGACAGUCUGGGGGCUCAGGGGCUGCAGCUGGCCAAGGAGAAGCAGGAGUAUCUGGAUAAACUGAUGGAAGAGACUGAGGAGCUCAGUCAUCAGAGGGCACAGAGAGAGGAGCUGGAGCGUCUGAACCGGGUUCUGGAGGAGGAGAAGGUGAAGUUUGAGGAGGUGGUGGUGGAGCUGAAGGCGGAGCAGGAGCAUAUCAAAGAAGACCUGGACGACACGGCUCACUCCCUGAAAGGUGUCGAGAGUGAGAAGGAAGAGCUGAGCAAUCUGACCAUCCUGCUGCAGAAAUCCAUCGAGGAGCUCUCUCAGGAGAAACGGAGAACUCUGGAGCUGCUGGGGGUGAAGGAGCACAAGGAGCACAAGGAACACAAGGAGCAGCAGGAGGUGGCGGAGGCGGAGGAGGCGGCGGGGGGCGAGAGCUCAGCCUGCAGGGAGCCUGAGGAGGCCGAGGAUCCUGGAGAAGUGGACCUGCUGCAGGACCUGAAACACAUCGAGGAGCAAAUGAAGAUCCUGCUGAAGGAGAAGGAGCAAGCUGACGACAAGCUCCGGGAGAACGACCAGCGGGCUCAAGUCCUGCAGCAGGAGAGGGAGUACUACUCCUCUCAGGCUCGGACGCUGCAGCAGUCGCUCUCUCAGCUCACUGUGGACAAGCUGCAGACCGAGGCCGAGCUCAAGGCGGAGAUAGAGUCUCGGGUGGAGCUGGAGAAGAGACUGAAUCAGGCUGAACAGGCUCUGCAGGACCUGGAGAAAGGGCUGGACUCCCUGGAGCGAACCAAGGAGACCGACGAGAAGAUGAAGGGCGGCGUGACUCAGCUGAGGAGAUUCUUCGAGGAGUGUAUCUGUGCAGCGGAGAUUGAGGCGAAGCUUCCAUCGAUAAUGAAGAACGCCGUGUAUCUGCACAAAGCCGCCGCCCGCAGGAUCAAGAGCUGCCGGGUCCAGAGGACAGUCUCCAGACGCCACUGGUUGAAGCACUCAAAGUCUUUCGCCGUCGCCGCGGCUGAAGGCGGCAGCAUGGAGGAGCUGCGGGAAACGGCCCGCCGCCUGACCUCCGACAGCGGCUUCAGAGAGAGCGUGUACGAGAUCAUCGCUCGCAAGGACGCCACGAACAAAACGGAGGACUGAGAGGAGAGAUGUCAAGGGGGAGGAAUGGUCCUUAGCUUUAUUUACUUACAGUCAUCCUGAGAUACACACACACCUGUUAAAUGCCCCCUACGGUUAACAGCCGGGAACUAUGGAGCCAAAAUAACUCAAUUCAGGAACUGAAAGUCUGUUUUUAUUGAACCUGAAGAAUACAUAGACCAGAUUUGAUUUAGCGAAAGAGUAAUACGUGUAAACUAUAUGAAUGUUAGGAACGGCUGUCGUCUUAUUGAGGAUCAUUUGUGAUGUCACCAUAUUUAACAGAUAGCACACGAUGCAAAUCCAUCUUGUAAAAUUGUAUUUAUUCUCCUGGUUUUGAUUGUAUGCACAGAUUGUGUCCUUUACAGUAACGAGACGCUUUUUGGAAAAACGAAAAGUAAAGCGACUCAUUGUAUUUCACUGACAUAAGCUUUUUAGGAUAAUGUACAAAUUAUAACCCAUAACACCAAAAAAUGAUACAGAAAAGAAACCCACGUGUCGUGGUGAGGUGAGAGGGUUCAUAGGGACUGAACAACACGCCUUGAUGCUAAUAAAGCUGCUUUUGAACCUU